UUCCAUCGGCAUGGUUAAUUCAGUCCUCAGUCAAUCCUCGUGUCUCUUCUCGAACGGUUCCAAGUGCGCUUUCGCUUCGUUUCCGCUCGACUCGUCAAACCGUACCGCGAUGAAUUCUCGUGUUUCGUCUGUGUUUAGAAAUUACCUCAACUUCAACAUGAAAUCCAUACUCAGCUCCUUCGUCAAUCGGAUGAUCCUCUUCGUGUCGAUAUUUUGUACAACUUUCGUGAGCGUCAAAAGUGCAGUAACUUGGGCUCCGUCGGUGGGAGAAUGCGGCGAAGAAAUGCUGACCAAAUGUCGGUAUCCUCUCAAAGUUUUGGCCGAAAAUAAAGAACUAGGCUUCGCCACGAAUAAAGAGGAUCUGGAUUUAAUUUGUCCAGAUCUUAAUGAUGGAUUGAUGUGUAUCGAUAACUACACUAGACGCUGCAUGGCCCCGAAUCAGAGAGCUCAUUUCUAUCAACUGUAUGCUGGAACCAGUAUGGUCAUUCAAGAAAUCUGCCAGCCCGGGCCUUAUCAGAACGAAUUUCUGUUACACGCUCCUUGCCUACACGAGGUGAAAGAGGAAUAUGAGGCGUGCGGAAUAAACCACCAGAAAAACAUUCACGAUAUCACCGCUGACACCAACUCCACUAACCACAUCACCAAUGAGCGAAAAGUCAGGAAACUGUGUUGUUCAUUCCAAGAGUACCUUCAGUGCUCACAAGAAGUUGUUCUCAAGAAGUGCGGUGAAGAGACGGCCAAGUUCAUGGAAGUAUUCUUCGCAAAAAUGUCGUCGUCACUAAUUCAGAUCCAUUGCAGUAAAUACACGCCGGGAUCUCAGCUUUGUGACGAAGCUUUCUCGUCAGCGACCUCUGUUUCCUCCUCGAGUCUCCUGGCCACCCUCGCUGUGAGCUUAAGCAUACUCUACUCGCUACGGAGGUGUCUUUGUCUAUAGUUCCACCGGGGCGAACGUCCUAGUUAGACGGGACCGGGCCAUUCCAGCGAUCUUCUUUUUUACUUGUUACUAUAGCUGUACAUUGAAUUUUAGUUGCUGUAAUAUUUUCAACUAUACACCUUGUGAUAGUAAUUUUUUAGAGUGGUUCUUCGAAUACUCCAGCGAGUUCGCAGACUCUUCGCGACUGACGGAUUUUACGGUUUAGCGAGAAAACCCCCAAAAAUAUUCGUAUCACUGGAAAAAUGGUUUAAAAAAAGUAAUUUUUCAAAUUUAAAAACAACCUUUGAUUUGAAGAAAAUAUGUCGAGGUAAAUGAUUUAUUUAUUCGAAGAAAAUUUUUGAGUGAAAGAAUUAUUUUACGCAUUCAAAUGAGUAUUCUUUUUUUAAAUUUAAAGAAACUUAAAGCUGUCAUCUAAGACAAAAGUUACAUUUCUUUGAAUUAUAGAAUGCUUCAUUUGAAAUAUUAAAAACUCUUUCCCUCAAAAAAUUUCUUUUAAGCAUAAGAGAAUGAGACAAAAAAUUGUCUUUAACUCAUAGACCAUUGUUUUUAUGUAGGGUUUAUUUACGUUCGUUGACGUCAUGAAGGAUCCAUCGGUGAGGUGGAGGAGGAGUACUCAGGAAUUAGAAAAUCGAUCCAAUCACUGAAAAAAUUAUUAAUUGUUUCAAACAUUUUUCGGUUUUAUGCUCAUAUCAUCUCAUUUAUAUUUUUACCUGCUGAAAACUUAAAAGUAAAUACGUAAAUUGGAGUCUCUGUGUACAAGCCUCCUCCCCUUAGCCCUCUCUUUUUGCCGAGGAACUUUUUGUGAUGUUGAUGUGUGAUUUUUUUUCUUCUCUCUCUCUUUUAAGUUUCUAAGUAUUUCAAUUACUUAUUAUUUUUUUGUAGUUAUUUAUUAUUUUUUCACGUUGUUUUUAUUCAAUUUAUGCGUAUUUAUGAUUUUUGCAUCUUUCAUAGAGUCGAGAAUUUUCUAAUUAUGCAACAAAUUGUGUUCUUUUUACUAUUUUUACGUUCCGAGGCAACGUGCUUUUUUAAAGUUUUUGUUUUGUAUGAAGAGUAACAUAAGUUACUUUAUCUAUUUUUCUCUCGCAACUUUUUGUAUUCUGAUCUAUAUUCUACGAUUCUUUUGCAUUCUUUCGCUCUUCAGAAUGAACCAUCCAUAAGUUUAAGAGACAAUAACAAAUUGUACGCGUGUAUGUGCCGUUUGUCGCUAACCAUUUCUAAGUAAUUCAUUUUGUAAUCUACUCCAGUCUGGCAGUGUCCAAAGAGAGCGAUGUCUCGCACCUCGGUGAACGAGUUUUGGAACGAAACUCCCAACGACUGAUUUGAGCUGGAAAGUAUUCGAAGAACACAAACCUUAGUGAUAAGUAACUAUUAGAUUUUUGUCAGAAAAUAACGGCGGAACUGAAUAUUUGUGCAUUGACUCUUUAUUCACGGGUAUUAUUAGUGAAUGUACUCUCACGCUUGUUUCCUUGAUUAUUGUAAAAGAGCGAUGUCGUAAUAUGCAAGUGACAAUGAUCGACACCUAUGUACUAUUUAAAAACAUUAAUUUUCUCCUUCGCGUUGAUCACGAAGUAGAGAUAUUCAAAUAUUGGAAUAAUUGAAUAUUAAACUAAACAAAUGUAUAACUGACUCCAAGGAUUGUGAUAAUAUUAUGAUGGUAUCUCUCGUGUUAGGAUAUGCACGGAACAUGCUUGUUGGUGCAUGAAGAUUUUUUUUUAGUUUACACGCACUAUCCGGUUUACUCACUUCUUUUAAAAUCUUAUCCCGAGAAAAACUAGGAUCCACUAUGUUGCAAAAGACAGAAAGGAAAAAGAAGGGAAACCCCUUCUCAAGGAUAUUGUAAGUUACAUUCGUUUCAUCGGUACAAUGAUAAUCAACUGUAGGCUCGUCAAGGUAGUGCUUUUUGCCUUAUCGAUGAUUUGAAGGAAUUUCCAGUGCUCAUUCACUUUCAGUACUUUCCUGUUCCUUUCUUUAGCAUAUUAGCUUGAUGCAGGCAGUGUAGCAUUACUACUGCACGUUCCCACCCUUAAAAUCAAUUUUUUUUUUUUUUUUGGUUCAUUGCGGUUGCACUAAUAUUUUAGAAUAUUUGCCUUUUUCGCUCUUCAAUUUGUACUGUUUUCUUUUUUUGUUUUUGUUUACAAAGACCUCCUUUGCAUCCUCGAGCGAACAGCAUUGUGCAACCGAAUGCUUUUAUCUUUGGUUUAUUUUUUUAUUUUUAAAAAUAAUAAUUAGCAUGUUCAAAAAAGAAUUUUCCAAUUGUUGGAAAAUCAAAUUGAAAACUUUGCUAGCACUUAAUCGAGAAAAUUGUAAAUACCUACCUAAUUUAGUACGCAUCAACCAAAGCAUUUUGUUUGUAUAGAUGUUACAGAGGCUGAUAAGUAUACAGUUAGGUAGCCAUUUGCAAUGAGCCCUACUUUAUCAUUGAUUCCUUUUCGUGUGUAAGUGCGUGGUAAAUGAUUUUGAGUGUUAAACUUAUCUGCGCGUAAAAACUAUCAUUUUUCGUUACCAAACGUUUACUCAGAAACAUCUGAGCCUUAUUUAAAAAUUGUACUCUAAUUUAUCUGUUUGGGAUGGAUGCAUCGUCUUGCUUUUAUUCCUAUGCUUGAUGAUUAGCACUGAUGUAUCUACCUCGUUCGUCUUCUGUAUCAAUAUGCGUACCAUUUUGGUAAAACUCAAUUCGUCUCAUGUCAUUUAAAAUUCUACUUUUCUAUCAUUAAUUAGGUGCCUAUUUCUGUAAUUAAAUUUUCCAGUUUGAUUUAUGUACGAAUAUUUCAGCCAUGAGGACCGUCCGAUUUACCUGUUAGACGUAGAAAGUAUUAGGAUCUCAUUGUUGGUCACAAAAACAAUAAUGUAUUUCAUUAUAAAUUUUUUUAUGAACAGCCAGUGAGCACGAGCUUUUGAGUGCUCUUGUAGUGAAAUUUUACCUCUCUGGUUGCUCAUAUUACCAGUUAUUUGAGAUCCUUCGUUGUUCCUGUUAGUUAAUUAGGUAGAAUGGUUCAAAUAACGUGUAAACGUGCGUUAAGGAACCUUUCCCUUCCUGUAUCAACCCACGUUGUGUACAAUUUUUUAAGUGUGCCAUGCAUCAAGUCUGUAAUGUUACUCCAUGUGAGACUUGGCUUCAACCGUCAAGUUUUGAAACCAAAGAUUAAACGUCUUAUGCUGGUUAACCAUUAUUAUUCCGAGGCAUAAAAAGGGGAAGAACACAUUUUUUAACUUAAUGUGAUUUUUUUUUAGCUUUUUCAGAUCCACUGAUAGUGCUUUGAUGUAAUGCAAACACAACUCUAUACCAAAUACACAGUGUAUUAGGUAAAGUACGUUAAAUAUAGAAGAAAUACUUUGAACAAAUAGCUCCACUAAAUUUCUGCAAGUGUGCAUUAAGAAGUAUGCAAGUUUUCAGACUCCUUCCAAAUUUUUGCAAACUUAAAUGGUUUUUUUCUUCACCUGAAAACAUAGUGCAUAUCACCUCAUCAAAAUAAUGACCUGAUAUUCUCUCUUCAUUAAUAUAUUGAUAUUUUCCAAGAUUACCAUUAAUUUCUCCCCCUCCUCUCCCCCUCCCAUGCCAACUGUUAAUGUCGUUUUAUAAAGAAGAGGAAAUUCAGUCUCGAGCUAUCGAUUGUCAAUAGACGCAUACAUAAAAAUACAUUCAGGCAAUCAGUUUAUUUUCUAACGACAUGAGAUGAAAAGAAAUAGGUAACUGCAAAAACAGGUUUGGAUGAGCAUGUAAAAUUUGGAGUCUCGCAAGAUUUUAAUUUUACUUUCUACUGCCAAGAGGGCGUUUCAAAAUAAACUGACUGGCAAUUUUCACAUGUUGUGGAAAACAGCCACACCUCACCCAUUUUAACCAGUGAUUUUUUAUGGAUCCCUGUAACGAGGGUAACUGAGUGAUUCCUGCCUUUUACUUUCUAUAUUUUCGUGAGAAUACAAAACCUAUUUCUGAUGAUUAGGUUAUCUGAGUAUGAUGAGAAUGACAAGCAAUAGCUUUGAAUGGACUGUACAUCCUCAAAAGACUUUAUUAUUUUUAGUUAUGAAUUUUUAAGGAAUUUUUUUAGUGAAUUUGUACAGGAAAGUGAUGCUUUCAUAUCUUUAAGAUACUUGAAUUGUUACUGUGCAUAAUAUUGUAAAUUUUAAUUUAUUGUUUUUAAAAAGAAAAAAAGUAAAUAUGUAUUUCAGAUGGUAAA